AUGCCGGUCAAUUACACUGGAGGAGGGAGGAAUCGUAAUGUGCUGCAUACCAGCAAAAGGUUUGUUAGCCGAACUCACUGCUGGCUCGAACGAGCGGCUAACAGCAGUGGCAUCGCUGACGGCGAUCGACGGUCUCAUUCCUCACGGCACCACUCAGGCAAAUCGAUGCCACGGGAACACCUUCUUUGCAAGCCCGUCAACUGAAGAGACGUAA